GUCAAACUGAGUGUAUUUGAGGGGCGGGUCAGCCACCUUGCAAGUGAUCAUAGUACUGCAGAGGUUGUCCCACCUUCAUCCUCACCGCUCCACCACUACCUGUUUAUUGUAUUACCGCCUACUCGCCGUGCUAUCAGCCCACCUGGCAUUAUAAGCAAUGCCUCCGACUACCGCCACGACGUUCGCUACAGGUACGGGGAAACGCAAAAUUCACUACCGCAUAUUCGGACAUGCGCAUCGAGCUCCCUAUGAGGAGGCAAUCAAUACGACACUUGCCAGGUACAAUUCAUUCUUUACAUAUCCAACAUCCAUGCUUCCAGCGGAACCGGCGUCUACACCACACCCGGAAAGUACGGCGAGUGGUGCCUUCUUGCCCGGGCAACUCAUCACGGCAGAGCAGGCGCCAACGGAAAUUCUUGCACAGCAAUUGCCUCCUACAAUUCCAAACGAGAGGUCGGGAGGCAAUGCACUAGUGGCGGUUGUCGUUGCCAUUGUGAUCAUGGGGAGCCUGGUAGGCGUUAUCGUCGCAGGAGAGAUCAUGAGGCGGCGGAGACGUCGCCAGGGAACUAGAGAGGGGAGUGACAAGGACGGGACAGACUUAGUGCCGGACAAAGGGAAAGAGGUCUUCGAUGAGAAGAGUCCAGAUUCAUCUGCAUCGUCGCUUCAGAAUUCGCCCACGUCCAUAGAGAGGUUGGCGUUUCAUCUAAAACACGCGACUCGUCCCGUGAAGAGAACGACACCCUCCUGGUUCUCGCGGAUCUUCCGGAAGGCUCAGGCCAUCUUGCAUCACAGGAACGCGGAAUCCCCAACGGAGACAUCCCAUGCAUCACGGACUCCUGCAGAUCGAUCGGCGGAGUUGCCGCAGCGGACGACGUGGUCAGAUUUUUCAUAUACGCCAGAACCGGACUCCUUAAGUUACCCGAGGCCGCUUUUGCAUUGCAUACUCGAGGAGUGUGAAGAUGACUGUCAAAGCCAGAGCGGCAGUGAGAUUGCCCUUACGUUGGGCCUUGCCAUACAACGUUCUCUAGAUUCCAUUGCCAUCACAUCGUCUGUCCACGGGGCAUCCCAAGUCAAAUCAUUUGCCACCAUUCGAAAAUCAGUCGAAGCUGGCUCUAUCGUCGAGGAGGGAUAUGGUGAAGAUCGGGGAGAUGCUCAUGAUGUAGGCUUUCUGGAAUCUGUAUCCACAGGAAUGAGCGUGAGCCCUUCUGGCUUGGAUCUGGUACCCACGGCAUCUUUGCAGACUGUCGACACUGGAGCAAGCGCAGACCGCGAAAGUUUGAGAGAGGAGAUGUUCGAGCUGCGAAGAGUUCAAACGAGGAGCAUGCAGAUGGACAAGCCUAUUCUAUUGUCCCUGGGCUUCAAAGUAGCAGGCGACGAGGACGAUGAACCAUCCGAUACAGAAACUGAACAUGCACCCGAUACCAUGACGACACCCUUGAUCACAAACCUACUUUUUCCCCCAGGAUGCGAAGGCCUACGACCCGAUCUUCGGGACCUUCUCGGCUCCCAGAUAACUCUAGCGACCCUGGCAAGCAGCUAUAGUGCAGUGGACCUCGAUGACUUCCCUCUUCCUCCUGCUAUUGUACUGCCACGUCCGUAAAUUAGAAACAAAUUAGCCAAUUCUAUCAUAAUGAACGGAAGCACGCUGCGGAUUGAAGGUAUCAAUUCAGGGAAAUUGGAUUCAGGCCGACAGACGCUUGGCAAGCCUGC